AUGAGACUUUUCCCCCUAGCCGCUCUAUCUCUCUCCAUCCCGGGCAUCCUUGCCCUCCCCCAUUUGGGUCCCAAACGUCCCAACCGUCCCAACAAGAUAGUCGAUGACCCGAAAGUGGGCUACCUAGCCGUCUACUGGACAACCGAAGACGAGAGCGUUUACUUUGCUCUCAGCUCGAACGAUGACCCGCUAGGGUUUGAGGCAAUCAAUGGCGGGAAUCCAAUUGUCUCUCCCACUCUGGGGACUAAAGCGAUCAGAGACACAACGAUAAUUCGCGGCGAGAGAGAAGACGAGGGGAAGUACUAUAUCAUCGGGACAGAUCUGGAUAUCGAUACCACUAACUGGGGCGCCGCGUCAAGCAAUGGCUCACGGGCAAUCUUCGUCUGGGAGAGUACCGAUUUAAUAAACUGGACUGAUGAGCGGCUUGUGACGGUGGAAGACGAGAGAGCAGGAAUGGCGUGGGCGCCAGACGCGAUCUGGGACGAGGAGCAGGGGCAGUAUUUCGUGCACUGGGCAGCGCAGCUGUUUGCUGAAGACGACCCCAACCACACGGGCGACCCAGCCCUCCCCAGCAGCCUGCGGUACGCAUAUACAAGCGAUUUCCGCACCUUCACCGAGCCCCAGACAUAUAUCAACCUGGGCAACGAGACGGCCAUCGAUCUCUCCUUCUUGAAGGUCGAUGACAGCACAUUGGUACGGUACUAUGUCGACGGCGCCACCACCUCACCCAUCCAGGACAUCAGCACGGACGGUCUCUUCGGCGAGUGGACACCCCUUGACGGCACAAUCGAGGAUAGCCUGAGCUUCGAGGCGCCGUAUCCGUUCUGGGAUAAUGUUGAGGAGGGCAAGGCAUACCUCCUUUGUGACCGCGUGGGCAGUAACCCGGGUGUCUUUGCCUGGGAGUCGAGUGACGUGACAUCUGGCAACUGGGCCAAGGAUGAAGAGCAUGACUUGACGUUUAUGCGCCAUCUGUCGAUUUUGGCGGUUACCCAGGAGCAGUAUAAUGCGUUAUCGGCGCUGUAG